AUGUGUGCUGCUGAGAUGUUGGGAAUGUUUGUGCACAUUCUAGGACAUGGUAUAGGGAAUAGGCUAGCACAAGAACGAUUUCAACAUUCUAGUGAAACUGUGAGUAGAUACUUUGGUAAAUUACUUGAUAUUGUAUGCCAUAUGGCCGUUGAUAUCAUAAAACCAUUGGAUCCUGAGUUUAAGGGAGUCCCGGAAGAGAUAUUGAGAGAUUCAAGAUAUAUGCCCCAUUUUAAGGAUUGCAUUGGUGCAAUAGAUAGCGUACAUGUUAAAGCCUCAAUACCUCCUGAAGAUCAAGUACCAUAUAUUGGCAGGAAAGGAAUACCGACUCAAAACAUAAUGGUUGCAUGUAAUUUUGACAUGCAAUUCAUAUUUGCAUGUGCAAGUUGGGAAGGCACUGCACACGAUACAAGAGUAUUUUUAUCAGCGUUACGAAAUAAUGCUUUAAAUUUUCCCAAACCUCCAAAUGGAAAAUAUUAUCUUGUGGAUGCGGGUUACCCACAAAUGAGUGGGUAUUUGGGACCAUAUAAAGGUGAAAGGUAUCAUCUUCCAGAUUUUCGUAGGGGUACUCAACCAACAGGUUCUAGAGAAGUAUUUAAUCACGUACACUCUUCCCUUAGGAGUGUCAUUGAACGCACUUUUGGUGUAUGGAAGAAAAAGUGGAGUAUUUUACGAGACAUGCCUAGCUAUCCAUUCGAUAAGCAAGUGAAGAUAGUAAUUGCAACUAUGGCACUUCACAACUAUAUAAGGAGGCAUGCCCAACGUGAUAUUCAUUUUGACAAAGUGAAUGACAACCCAAAUGCAAUGGAGAUGGAGGGUGAUGCACAAGAAGAAUAUCAUAUUACUCAAGGGCCUGGAGCACAAGAACUAGAAACAUUAAGGAACAAGAUUGCUGCAAGUUUAAUGCAUGCAUCUUCUUAG